AUGUCGCUUUCUAAAGUGAAGCACAUUGUGCUGGUCUUGUCGGGCAAAGGUGGUGUCGGAAAGUCUUCAGUGACGACACAACUGGCCUUGUCCCUUGCUCUUGCCGGGCAUUCUGUUGGUGUACUCGAUGUCGACCUCACCGGACCCUCAAUCCCUCGCAUGCUGUCGAUUGAAGCCGAGAAGGUCAAGCAAGCCCCCGGAGGAUGGCUCCCCGUGCCUGUCCACGACGCUGUCGAAGAGAAGGGCAUCGGUUCGUUCCAUGCCAUGAGUCUUGGGUUCCUCCUGCCCAGACGCGGCGACGCCGUUGUCUGGCGCGGACCCAAAAAGACGGCCAUGGUCCGGCAGUUCCUCUCCGAUGUCUUGUGGGACGAGACGGACUAUCUACUCAUCGAUACGCCCCCGGGUACCAGCGACGAGCACAUUUCCCUUGCCGAGACACUGUUGCGAGACGCUCGGCCUGGCCAGGUUGCGGGUGCCGUGGUUGUGACAACACCACAGGCGGUUGCCACAGCAGAUGUCAAAAAGGAGCUCAACUUUUGUGUCAAGACCAAUAUCAAGGUUCUCGGUGUGGUUGAGAAUAUGAGCGGCUUCGUCUGCCCUCACUGCUCCGAGUGCACCAACAUUUUCAGCUCUGGCGGAGGAGCUGUCAUGGCCCGGGAGUUCUCGGUACCAUUCCUCGGCACCGUACCCAUCGACCCUCAAUUUGGCGAACUUGUUGAGUCCGGCAGGAGGCCGCAGUACCCCCAAGGAACACAAAUACACGGUCAGGAUAUUGGCCAAGCCGGCAAGGAGGCCGAAACGAAGGGCGAUACUCUUGUCGAAAAGUACCAGGACUGUUCGCUGUCUCACAUCUUUAGCGAAAUUACUUCCAAACUCACAACAACGGUUGAGGCACAAGCACAGUCAUGA